UAUAUGUCAAUGGUUUUAAUUUCUUUCGUUUCUUCACCAACAAUUCGCUCACAAACAUAGAGUUGAUCUUCAUUGGCAUAUAUCCUGGACAUUGAAGCCUCACUCUACUCACACAACACAGGGGUUUCGAAGAUGAGCGGUAUUGAAUUUGAAGGCGAGGAAUUCGUGGAUUGGAGAGGGCGUAAGGUCACUCCUGAAAAGCAUGGUGGAGCGAGGGCUGCAAGCUUUGCAUGCGUUGUGGAGGUGCUAGAGAACGUAGUUUUCUUGGCCAAUGCCAGUAAUUUCGUGCAAUACUUUAUCAAGUCAAUGCACUACCCAGUUGCAGAUGCUUCGAACAUGGUCACUAAUUUUAUGGGAACCUCUUUCCUGCUCACUAUAGUUGGUGGUUUCAUUAGCGACUCCUUCCUUACCAGAUUCACGACCUUCAUCAUCUCGUGUACAGUAGAGCUGCUGGGGCUUAUGCUACUGACAAUCCAAGCUCAUCGUAAAUCAUUACAACCAGCCAUGAAUGAAACACCUUCCAACUCUCAAGCAGCAGUGCUUUAUACGGGGCUUUAUGCGAUGGCUAUAGGUGUUGGUGGAAUAAAGGCCUCAUUACCUGCACAUGGUGCUGAUCAGCUUGACCACACCAAUCAACGUCGCAUCUCUGCCUUCUUCAAUUGGUUUUUCUUCUCCCUCUGUGCCGGUGGCUUUAUAUCCUCAACUGUUAUGGUAUGGAUUGAAGAAAACAAAGGGUGGAGAUGGAGUUUUGUGAUAUCAAUAAUAGUUCUAAGCGUUGCAUUCUUCAUAUUUGCAAUCGGAUUCCCGAUUUAUAAGUAUAAACGUCCUGCUGGUAGUCCAAUAACAAGAAUCUUCAAGGUGUUUGCUUCUGCUAUUCGAAAUCGAAAAGCAUCAUCAGUGGAUCAUCAGAACGGUAAUUCAGUGAAGAAAAUCAGUAACAAAUAUAGGUUUCUAAAUAAGGCAUUAGUUGAUGACACUACUAGCCUAGCUGAUGUUGAGGAAACAAAGACCUUCAUUGGCCUCCUUCCAAUCUUUGCAAGCACUAUCUUGAUGAACUGCUGUCUCGCCCAACUACAAACAUUCUCAGUGCAACAGGGGAGCAUCAUGAACAAAAAAAUAAAGAAUUUCGAAAUCCCAACUCAAUCCUUAACAGUUAUCCCCCUCACUGUCAUGCUUAGCUCCAUACCUGCAUAUGAGUUCCUCAACUCUUAUAUCAACAAGAACUCCAAAAUUCACAAGCCACUUGCAAGGAUUGGACUCGGAUUAGCACUAGCAUCAGCGUCCAUGGGCGUGGCUGCUGCAGUCGAAGUGAAGAGACGAGAAGCCGCUGAGAACGGAUACCUAAUCUCAGUUUUUUGGCUAAGUUGGCAAUAUCUUCUGCUGGGUGUUUCAGAUAUGCUUACUCUUGGAGGAAUGCUGGAGUUUUUCUACUCGGAAGCACCGAGUCGAAUGAGGAGCUUGUGCACUGCAUUGGCUUGGUGCUCUACUUCGAUGGGGUACUUCUUUAGCUCGGUAUUAGUCUCCAUCGCCAACUCAGCCAGCGGUCACAAAUGGCUCGGAGGGAAGGAUCUGAAUAAUGAUCGUUUAGAAUUGUUUUACACCCUCCUCUGUGUUCUCAACUUCCUUAAUUUCUUCAACUACGUAUUCUGGGCCAAACGUUAUUAGCCUAAUACACAAUAUCAGCUUUGCUAUAACCUCUUUUUUUUUAAUGUAAUAAAAUAACUCUGUUGUGGGGGUAAAA